AACUCAACACCUACUUUCGGCGAACUCACGAUGACAGUCCGUACCCUCUCAUCGAGCAUGAAUUCUUUGCCGAAUGAACUGAGUUUAGCUAUUUUCUGCUCUCUGUCUUCAUUUUCUGACGUUGCGUACUUUGCCACCACCUGCCAUCAUUACCGCCAGCUAUGGACUGAGCACAGCUACAUCAUCUAUCAACAUGUCGCACCGCGAACCAUUCCAUGCCGCAAGCAUGCACGAGUGUUGCUCGCCGACCAAGGCGGCCCAUCCCCUAGCUCAGGUCAUCUAUCCUUCCAGCAUGUCCUUCAGCUCAUCCGCAAUGACAAGGUCGUGGAGGGCGGUAUUGCUCAUUUCAACAACCAUUGCGCUUCUUUUAUCCGUAACGACGUCGGACUACGACACCCACCUUAUCUCACCAACACCGAGCGUCCCCGAAUGAUUCGGGCGCUUUAUCAAACUUGGGGUGUGGCUCUAGUGGACCCGACUGCCAGGAAACAGCGAAUCAAUGCCUAUAAACUGAAAGAUUUGGCUGUCCUAAUUGAGCUGGGCUGGCUGCCGCACAGUGAUUAUUUAGAGUCAGAUCCCACUAUCGCUGACAUGCUCCAAGCUCAACACGAUCCGUUCGAGUUCAUAUUUGUUGAAAUUUAUCCCCGAUUCGAGCAGCUUAUCAAGGACCUCCACGAUCAUGAACAUGCGGGUACGUGGCAUCUUCUGAAAGAAUACGGAUACCAGGGAUAUAUCACAAUGUGGGACGCAUACCAGGAGCAGUUCAGGUGCAUGACUCUGUUUGGGGGCCUAGUGGAAAAGCCUAAGCGGAGUUGGCCUCCUCUUCCUCCUCCGGACACCGUCUGGUAUGAUACUUCGGAUGAUGACCUGGCAGAAGGAGUCGAGCCGGGAAAUGAGCAUGGUCCCCGGUCGUUGUGUGACGUCCCGGGUUGUUGUUCCCAGAACCCUGUUAUUCCAAGGACAGAUGACUCUGAUCGUGAUAGCUCUGAGAGCGAUGAUUAUUACUCUUCUGAUGAGUAUUCCUCUGAUGGAUCUAACCGAGGAUCUUCGCGUGGUUCCGCUUGUGAAUCCAACCGGGGGUCUUCGCGUGGAUCCUCGCGUGGCUCAAGUCGCAGCAAUCCUUUUUCCGACAAGUUCAGCCUUAAGAAUCCCUUCUCGGAUGCCCACGCUGUUAAUGAUAUUUUUGCUAUUGAAUACGGUCCCACUAAGAACUAGAAGCCCGGAAUCAAUAUAAAUUCGAAGCUGGUGACAUUAAACUUGUUAAAAAGAAAGUGUAAUGCUAAUAAUAUAUUUAGGCGGAAAGGCUCGCAUGUUGAGAACUAAGAAAGCAAGCAGAGAAAGAACUAGACCUUAAGUGUCAACCUCAAUAUAUUCAGCUUGAUACAAAAAGACUGCUACAUUCCUCG